AUGCGCAGCGAUCAGCUCGCCCGAGCAUCUAGGAGUCAGAGCAGGAGUCCACACCGCAGCUCUCCCCAGACCUUCAAGUUCAAUGUGCUGCUGGCGCGUGCGGCACGCAAGUCGUGGGUCCAGAGCUUGCAGCUGCUUCAGCAGGCGAAGAAAGCGUAUCUUCAGCCAGAUGUGGUCACUUACACUACCGCAGCAUCCUCCUUGGCUUCGGCGAAGCGAGCGACAGACGCCUCACUGCUCCUUGAAGAGGCUCGGAUCAGGCAGACCGAGCCCACGACAGCGCUAAGCACUGCAGUCGCCAACGCCUAUGCUGGACAAAGCUGCUGGGAGCAGACAAGGAGCCUUAUGGAGAACAUGAAGAGGCACGGACCGAGCCCAAAUGCCAUCACGUUUGCGGUUGCGCUGACCAGCUGUGUGGAAAGUCGCUGGGCUGAUGCUUUGGUCUUGGUUGGCAUCGCCCGGCAACACUUUGUCCUGGACGCCGUUUGCCUGGGUGCAACCGUGACCGCUUGUGCGGUUUCAGCAGCUUGGGAGCAGGGCCUUGCUGCCUUGCUGAAGGUUUGCAGGCAAAGUCUCCGCGCCAACAUCAUCAUGUACAGUUCUGUUGUCACAGCUUGUGAAAACGCAGCGGUGUGGGAUGCUGCCCUUUGCCUCUUGGACAUACCGGCAGUUCGAGCAGCACCUAGUGCGAUGCCCCUCAGACAAUGA